AUGUUAGUGAUUCUUGUCGAUGAAUUGAUUUCAUUUCUAAUGCACCAUGUUCAGUCCACUGAAGAUGAGUUAACCAUGCCAUGUUUAGUACUCUUGGCAAAUCUCUGUCGUCACAACUUAUCUAUUCAAACUUGGAUAAAAUCUUUGAAUAAUGUGAAGAGUUUUUAUCGUACCUUGAUAAGUUUCCUGGCCCACGGUAGUUUGACUGUGGUUGUGUUUGCACUUUCAGUAUUAUCAAGCCUUACUUUAAAUGAAGAAGUAGGAGAAAAACUCUUUCAUGCUCGGAAUAUCCAUCAGACUUUUCAGUUAAUAUUCAAUAUUGUUGUAAAUGGAGAUGGUACUCUAGCAAGAAAAUAUUCUGUUGAUCUACUCAUGCAUCUUGUGAAAAAAAGAGUUGCAGAUUAUCUUACCAGGUAUGAACACUUCACCUCAUGCCUUGGUCAAGUAUUAGAUCUUCUUCAUGGAAAGGAUCCUAAUUCAUCAUCUAAGAUCUUAGAACUGCUGCUCACCUUCUGUUCUGUGGUUGAACUGUGUCAUACCCUGUAGCAGGCGAUACUGGAACCAUCUGGCUUGCCAGUCUCUGGAAACACCGGAUUUGUGACUCGCUCAGAGACUUUUGAACCAUCUGUUGCAUUGGUACGCUUGUCAAACCAACCAUUGGAAAGCUCUGAAGACUGUUCAGUUCUAGCAUUGCAGCUAUUCAAAGAGGUUUUUGAGGAUUCUAUUAAUAGUGGGAACAGUGCCUCAGCUGAACACUUUGUGGAUCUUUUGCUGCCUGUUCUUCUUGAUCAUCUUCAGAUGCCAGAACAGAUUGUGGAUGAGCUGUUAGUGAAGAAAAAGUGUGAAAGAAUGGUCAAGGCUAUUAAUGUCCUCAUAGUGCUCUGUAGAGAUGACAUACUGAAAAUGCACACCUCAAAGGUACUGACUGCCAGCCGAUGUGUGUCUCUAAUUGAACACCAAUUUACCUAUAGCAGAAUUGAUGCUGGUUUUGGGGCAAAGGUAGUGGACUCUAAAAUGUGCAAACUUGCUGCUGAUACUAUUUUGAAAACACUUGAUCUUAUGAGCAGUCUGAAGCAGGAAGUACCUAGUAUGGAAGUCAGCUUCUACAAAAUGAUGGAGGAUCAACGCCUGAUUACACCUCUGAUGUUUGCUUUAACAUCAGACUACAGAGAACAAGUCCAAGUGGGACUUAGAAUACUGUUUGAGGCUGCACCCUUACCCAAUUUUCCUGCCAUAGU